UCAUGUUGGUACUGCUUACUUCUAUUCAAUGCUACAACAUAUACCAGUUGACUUUUCUUAUUUCAACUCACAACCACUAUCAAUCCACACACUUCUUUUCUUUCUUCUCAAUUUUCAACAAAUUAAUUGAAUCCAUGGCAUCUUCUUCUGUGAGUACUUCACAGUAUUCCCCUCAAUGGAAGUACAUUGUAUUUCUAAGUUUUAGAGGUGAAGAUACUUGUAAAACAUUUACGGGCCACUUGUUUAAAGGUUUGAAUAACAGGGGAAUAUUCACUUUUCAAGAUGAUAAAAGGCUAGAGUAUGGCGAUUCGAUCCCAAAAGAACUCAUCAAAGCUAUCAAAGAGUCUAAAGUUGCCCUUGUUGUAUUCUCAAAGAAUUAUGCUACAUCGAGGUGGUGCUUAGAUGAACUAGUGAAAAUCAUGGAAUGCAAGGACAAAAAUGGACAAACAGUCAUAUCAAUCUUCUAUGAUGUGGAUCCAUCACAUGUUCGAAAUCAAAAGGAGAGCUUUGCAAAAGCAUUUUCCCAACACGAAUUGAAGUAUAAGGAUGAUUGUGAGGGGAUGCAGAAGGUGCAAGGGUGGAGAACUGCCCUAACUGCGGCAUCAAAUUUAAAAGGAUAUGAUAUCCGUGAUGGGAUUGAAUCUGAGAAUAUUCAGCAGAUCGUCGACCACAUCUCCAAAUUAUACAAGAGUGCUUAUUUUUUAUUUUCUUCGCAAGCUGUGGGAAUAGAUACUCAUAUAGAGAAAGUAGAGCACCUACUUGAGAAAGAAAUGGAUGAUGUUCGGAUUGUAGGGAUCUGGGGAAUGGGCGGAAUAGGUAAAACGACAAUAGCAACAACAAUCUUUCAUAAAUGUAAUCUAUCUGGUCAAUUUGAAGCUGCUUGUAUUCUUGAUGAUGUUAAAGAAAAUGCCAAAAAGAAUGGAUUGUGCUUUUUACAAAAUAUCCUUCUUUCUGAACUAUUAGGAGAAGAAGAUAAUUAUGUCAAGAGUAAGCAUGUGGGGAAAGUCAUGAUUCCAAGCAGACUUUGUUCUAAGAAGGUGUUAAUUGUGCUUGAUGACAUAGAUCAUAGUGAUCAUUUGGAGUAUUUAGCAGGUGAUCUUUGUUGGUUUGGUAAUGGAAGCAGAGUUAUUGUAACAACUAGAAAUAGAGAUCUGAUAAAGAAUGAUAAUGCAAUAUAUGAUGUGUCUAUGCUACCUGAUCAUGAAGCUAUGCAAUUGUUCAAUCAACAUGGUUUCAAAAAAGAAGCUCCAGAUGAGCUUUUUAUGAAUCUCUCCUCGGAGGUAGUAAAUCAUGCUAAAGGCCUUCCUUUAGCCCUCAAGGUGUGGGGUUCUUUGUUGCAUAACAAAGGAUUAAGUCGGUGGGAAAGAACUGUCAUCAAAAUAAAGAAAACAUCUAGUUUAGAUAUAGUUGAAAAGCUCAAAAUAAGUUAUGAUGGGCUGGAGCCCGAAGAGCAAAAGAUAUUUCUAGAUCUGACAUGUUUCUUUCGAGGAUAUACAAAAAAAGAAGUCAUACAAAUCCUUGAGAGCUGUGAUUUUGAAGCUGAAUAUGGAUUGGAUGUCCUAAUUGAUAAAUCUCUUGUGUUCAUCUCCAAGAUUGAUAGGAUUGAAAUACAUGACUUGAUGCAAGAUAUGGGUAGAUAUGUGGUGAAAUUGCAAAAAGAUUCUGGAGAACCUAGCAGACUAUGGAAUGCUGAAGAUUUCAAUGAAGUGAUGGUCAACAAUAUGGGGAGCAUAACAGUGGAAGCUAUCUGGUUUACUUAUUUUGAACAAAUAUGCUUUAAUAAAGAGGCAAUGAAAAAUAUGAAAAGGCUUAGGAUAUUAUACAUAGCCAACGGCAGGCUAAACCGCUCCUCCUCAUCCCACUCUCCGAUUGAUUUAAAAUACAUUACCCGCGGCUCCAUUGAGUGCUUGCCCAACAACCUGCGGUGGGUUUUUUGGAACAACUAUCCUUGGGAGUCAUUGCCAAAAAAUUUUGAACCUCAAAGGCUUGUUCAUCUCUCUCUCAGGGGGAGUUUGCUGCAUGAUCUAUGGACAAAAAGAAAGGUACAAUUUAUUCAUUGAGAUACUUUCUAUUUUGGCUUUUCCUAGAAUUAUGAUAUAUGUGUUUAAAUGAAAUAAGAUAUUAGUUCCAUUAAAUUCAAAUGCACUA